AUGGUGGAGGAGAAACCAGCUAUAGUUACAUCGUCGAGAUGCAAUAGUGAGUCCGACAUGAGAUCAAAAGGUAGGAAGAAGAAGAAGGAGAGCCACCGGCAGCAGCGCAUGGCGGAGGAUGGCGGUGGAGAGGCAAUAGUUUGCAAUGGAAAGUCUUGCACGGCGGGAAUGAUUGCCGACUGCAUUGCUGUCUGCUGCUGCCCCUGCGCAGUAGUGAAUAUCUUGGCUCUUGCAUUCUUAAAGGUGCCGUGGAUGGUGGCGCGGAAAUGCUUGGGAUUAGGGAAGAAGAGAAAAUGUGAUAUGAUUUACGGCCAUAAUGGGAUGGACACGUAUGAAAAUUCGGAGAAAGGAACUGGAGAUGAAGGUACAUUGGAAAUUGUAGGAGACGAAGAGCUAAGGAACAGGGCGUUUGAGGAAGAAGAGAUUUGGUUAGAGUUGUACAAGGUUGGUCAUUUGGGUUUUGGCAGAGUUUCUUUCACUGGAAUCCCUUCUCAGACCAAGAUUAUAUGA